AUGCACCCCGCCGCCGUCCUCGCCGGCUCCCUCCUGCUCCUGGCUGCCCUGGGGGUAGAUCCCGGCCUCGCCACUGAGGCCGACCCCGUGGAGAAAGUCAUCGACGGCAUCAACCGCGGCCUGACCAAUGCUGAGCGUGAAGUGGGCCGAGCUCUGGACAGCAUCAACCACGGCUUCACGCAGGCUGGCAAGGAAGUGGAGAAGGUGUUCAACGGGCUAAGCAAUAUGGGCAGUCAGGCUGGCAAAGAGCUGGACAAGGGAAUCCAGGGGGUCAACAGCGGCCUGGACAAGCUGGCCCACGGGGCCAACAACGCUGCCGGCCAGGCCGGGAAGGAGGCUGACAAAGUCGCUCAAGGGGUCAGUCAUGGGGUCGACCAGGCCGGGAAGGAGCUGGACAAGGGCAUCCAGGGGGUCAACCUUGCGUGGGACCAGGCCGGGAAGCAGCUGGAUAAGGGCAUCCAGGGGAUCAACCAUGGGGUCGACCAGGCCGGGAAAGAGCUGGACAAGGGCGUCCAGGGGGUCAACCAUGCGGUGAACCAGGCUGGGAAGGAGCUGGACAAAGUCGCUCAUGGGGUGAACCAUGGGGUCAACCAGGCCGGCAAGGAGCUGGACAAGGCUGUCCAGGGGGUCAACCAUGGGGUGAACCAGGCUGGGAAGGAGCUGGACAAAGUCGCUCAUGGGGUGAGCCAUGGGGUCAACCAGGCCGGCAAGGAGCUGGACAAGGCCGUCCAGGGGGUCAACCAUGGGGUGAACCAGGCUGGGAAGGAGCUGGACAAAGUUGCUCACGGGGUGAACCAUGGGGUCAACCAGGCCGGCAAGGAGCUGGACAAGGGCGUCCAGGGGGUCAACCAGGCGUGGGACCAGACCGGGAAGGACAUCCACCACGGGGUCAACCAGGCUGGCAAGGAGCUGGACAAGGGCGUCCAGGGGGUCAACCAGGCGUGGGACCAGACCGGGAAGGACGUCCACCAUGGGGUCAACCAGGCCGGGAAAGAGGCUGACAAACUCCUGCACGUAGGUGCCGGCCGGCGAGGGGCAGACCGCCCCCUCCCGAGAUUAGCCGGGGGGCCACGGGAGUGCGGGAGGGGGCGGCUGCCCAGGAUGGGCGCGACCUGA